UGUUCGGACAAGACCAACAAGUAGCGAUGAUAUAAUUGAAGAGGGUAUGGUUCCAUCUAGUUAUCUGGAAAAGAAGGUUACAGCCAUCAAAGAAAGUUAUUCGAAAACUGAAAUCACCGAAACGAAGCUAGAUGAUAAAGAAAAGGAAGCAAUCACGAAGAGAGAGGCCGUGGUUAAAGAGCUAGUUGAUACUGAGGAAGACUUCUCCAAAGAUAUGCAGUACGUGGUUAACAACUAUUUAAAAGCAAUGGACAGUCCAGAAACACCUAAAGAAGUUCGAGACCAAAAAGACAUAAUUUUUUCGAAUUUCAAAGAAAUUUGCGAUUUCCAUAACAAUGUUCUUAUUAAAGGAGUUCAAUAUCACGCUAAUGAACCUCAAAAGUUGGGUGUAACGUUUUUACGGCUGGAGCGAGACUUUGACAAACAUGUUAAUUACUGUCGAGAUGUACCACAAGCUCAAGCAGUCCUUGCAACUGAACCGGUGAAAGAAUAUUUUGAUGAAUUUUGCAAAAAAAUCGGAGACGUGAAGUCUUUAUCUGAUCAUCUUAAACUUCCUAAGCAGAGGAUCAAUGAUUACCAGCUAUUACUGAAGGAAUUAAUAAAAUUUACUAGUCGUCUCAACGAAGACACAAAUGACCUAGAGAGGGCGCUAGACUACAUGAUAUCUAUUCCACAACGAGCGAAUGAUCUCAAGUAUUUGAAUGCCAUCCAAGGAUACGGAGGCAGCGUCAAUAAACUUGGUCGAUUGAUCCGACACGAUUGGUUGGAAGUGGUGGAACCUUCAGGUAUAAAGAAAGAACAGUAUAUAUUCUUAUUUAGAGGUCGAAUGUUCGUGACAGACGUCAAGCCUAUUAAACAAGACAAGGAUUCGUACAUGCUACAGAGAAUCAUUAAGCUGUCUGAUGUUGAAAUAGACAAGGUUGAAGGUGACGACAGGGCUCUUCUUUGUAAACACACCAAUCUUGAGGAGGCAGGUUUUCCACUCACUCUGAGGGCUAAAACAGUAGAAGAAAGAGACACCUGGUGUCAAGAUUUGAAGGUUUCAUCCACACCGCUUACUAUUGAAGAACUGAAGGAAGAAGAAGAGGUUAUUCUGACGUCCGAAGAACCUAAACAACAAGAGCCUGGAGAACCAGAAGCAAAGAAACCGGAGGACGAAAUUCCAAAGGAGAAAACGGGAAGCCCUCUACCAGAGAAGCCUUCAGAACUCUCACGGACUAAGAAUGGGCAAGAAGUUGAAGCUAGUGAAAGAUUUCAAGUAGCUUUUAAUGAAGAAGAAGAUACACUGUCAUUAGUUUUUCAGCGUGUAACGCCAGAGGACUCUGGUGUUUACACGUGUGUAGCCAGUGCCAGUAGUGGGAAAAUUUCGUGUAAUGCGGAGUUAACGGUUCAAGGCUAUAUUCCAAUUGAACCUGAAGCCCCAUCAAUUAAGGCCAGUCUUACAGAUGUUGAUGUGAGUGAAGGGGGAUCAACAGUACUAGAAUUAAAAGCAACAGGUCAACCGAAGCCCAAGAUUAAAUGGUUUAAAGAUGACACAGAAAUUGAGGCUGGAGAACGGUUUCGCUUCUUAUAUGAAGAUGAUGAAAGCUAUUCUUUGGUUAUUAAGAAUGUCAAGAAAGAAGAUGGAGGUACUUACAGCGUCAAAGUCACAAAUGAUUUGGGAGAAGCUGAAGCUUCAUGCACCCUAACUGUUACAGCUCGUCCAAAAUUCCUUAAAGAAAUGAAAGAUGUGUCAGUAAUGACAGGAGAGGAUGUGAAAUUUGAAGUUAAAGUGGAAGGAAAGCCCAGCCCAGAAGUCCAGUGGUAUAAGGAUGGUAAAUUGGUGGUGGAGAAUGAAAGAAUUAAAGUUAUGCAUGAAGAAGAAGAGACUUUUACACUUGCUAUCAAAAAAGUCCAGCAGGAUGAUUCAGGGAGCUACUCUUGUAUUGCUCAGAACAGUGGUGGAAGUGAAACAGGACUUGGAGCUCUUUUUGUUAAUGCACCUCCAUCUUUUGUAAAAAAGAUGAAGAAUGUGGAUGCAAAGAAUGAAGAAACUGUAAAUUUUUGUGUUCAGAUAACAGGAAAUCCAAAACCGAAAGUCAAAUGGCUGAAAGACUCAGAUGAAUUGACAUUGAAUGUGGAUGAUACUCAUUAUAAAAUAACAGAAGAUGGAGAUUCAUAUACUUUAGUCAUUGACAAAGUCACAAGUAAUGAUGCUGGAAAGUAUACGUGUGAAAUUACCAAUGAGUAUGGAACAGAAUCUACCACAGGAUCUUUGAAAGUGACAGGUAAACCCACUCUAAAGUUCACUCAAGAACUGUCAGAUGUUGUUGCUACUGAAGGAGACAAUGAGCUACAGCUGUUGGUAAAGACUGAAGGAGCACCAGCAUCUCAGAUUAAAUGGUACCUUGAUGAUAAAGAAAUAACUGAAACUGAAAAUGUGAAAAUAUCUACUGAUGGAAAUGCUCAUAGCUUAACUAUUAAGCGUGUGACAACUGAAUCAGCUGGUACAUACAAGUGCAAAGCUGUUGGUGAUCAGGGAGAGGCUAACACUAGUGGAGUACUUACUGUUAAUGUUCCUGCCAAGUUUGGUCAGAGCCUCAAAGAUACUGAUGGUGCUGAAGAUGAAAAGUUGUCCUUAACUGUAAAAAUUGCAGGACAGCCUAAACCUUCAGUUGCUUGGUUAAAGGAUGAGGCAGAACUUACCAUUGAUGGAAAACACAGAAAAAUUAUUGAAGAGGCUUCAGAUACAUUUACUCUGGUACUUGAUAAGCUGACUCAAGAGGAUGCUGGAAAGUAUACUUGUAAGAUCAGUAACAAAUAUGGAGGUGAAGAGACUAGUUGCAAAGUUAAUGUCUGGGCUCAACCCAAGUUUACUCAAAAACUGAAGGAUGUCCAAGCAACUGAAGGUGAAAAAGUUUCUUUUACUGUGAAGAUAGCUGGAACUCCAACACCUACAACUAAAUGGUUAAAAGAUGAUGCUGAACUCACCAUUGAUGGAACACACUACACUGUAGUGGAAGAAGCAUCAGAUUCUUUCACUCUAGUUAUUGACAGUACAACAAAAGAUGAUGAAGGAAAAUAUUCUUGUGAAAUUAGCAAUAAACAUGGCAAAGACAUCACGAGUGGCAAGUUGUCACUGGAAAGUGCUGGGUCCAAACCCCAAAUUCUGGAUGGAUUGAAAGACGUUGCAGCAAAGGAAGGCGAAAGUGUGGAAUUGACGGUUAAAAUCACUGGUUCUCCUAAACCAGAGAUUAAAUGGACCAAAAAUGGGGAAGAUGCGAGUGCUGAAGCAACCAUUACAAUCAAGGAAGAGGCAGAUGAUGUCUAUAUCUUAAACAUAAAGAAAGUUUCUGCUACUUUGUAUGGUGAAUAUCAAUGUCAAGCUACCAACACUCUCGGAGAAGCUACAACAAAGAUGAAGUUAAUGGAAUUGAUGGCACCCAAAAUUUUGAAGGGCUUGCAGGACAAGGAGGUUUGGAGUGGAGAGGAAGCAAAAUUUGAAAUCAAAGUCUCCGGUCAACCAGAACCGAAAGUCUCCUGGUUUAUAGAAGAUGAAGAGUUAACAGACUCUGACCACAUGAAGAUCACUUCACAUGAAGGAACUCACUGUCUGUGUAUAUUAGACACUGAACUGGAAGAUAGUGGUAUCUACUCUUGCAAAAUUCAGAAUAAAGCUGGAGAAAUUUGUCAAGAUGCUAUUUUAACUGUCAAAGAUAGCGAUGACUCUGAAGAACCAACUUUUGUCCGUAGAAUGGUGGACACUAUUGCUGUUGUUGGUGAUGCUGCAAGAUUGGAAAUCAAAGUCACAGGAAAACCAAAGCCUGAAGUCACAUGGUUCAAAGAUGAAGAAGAGCUAACAGCAAGUAAAAGGAUUAAAAUUGCUGCCGAUGCAGAACAAAAUUUCUACUCUCUAACUGUUAAGGAUUUGACACUGGAAGACACAGGAAAGUAUUCUUGCACAGCCAUUAACAGUAAGGGCUCAGCCAGUGAUAAAGCCACCCUUACUGUGAAAGAACCAGUGGCACCUGAAAUAGAUGGAAUGAAAGAUGUGGAAGUCAAGAAAGAUGCAGUGGCUAAAUUUGAAGUCAGUGUCUCAGGGUUUCCUGUGCCUGAUAUUAAAUGGUUGAAAGAUGGGAAAACAGUACAUGCAUCAGAUGAGCUUGUUUUAACCAGUGAUAAAGAAACGGGACUUUAUUCCCUUGCAAUAAGGAAAGUGAAGGAAGAAGAUGUUGCUACCUACACUUGUGUGGCUUCUAAUAGUGCAGGGGAAGUUAAAAAAGAAGCUAAAGUUACCAUUAAAGUGGAGCCUCCUACCUUCUUAAGAGAGUUAGUCAACAAAAAUACACAGCUAGGUGAAACUGUGAGCUUGGAAGCUCGGGUAGUUGGUUUCCCUCAGCCAGAAGUCUCAUGGUACAGGGGUAAGAUUGCCCUUUCAUCCGACAGUCAUGUUCAAAUCUCUCAGAAAGAUGAUGUCUACAGACUAGAAAUACAGAAUGUUACUGAAGAGGAUAUUACCUGUUACUGUUGUCAGGCUAUAAAUGUAGCUGGUGAAGCAAAGAGCAUGGCAUCUUUACAGAUGAAAGCUGUAGCUCCAGUUCUUCAACAGGGACUUCCAAGUGAACUGCCUUUGCAAAAAGGUGACCAGUUAAUGUUAAAGGCAAGUGUAGAUGGUCAGCCACCCCCAGAAAUCACUUGGUUAAAAGAUGGGGAAAUAUUGAAACCAAACGAUCGAACGAACGUUGAAGCACUUCCUGAUGGAACAGUAAAACUAACUAUUAGUGAUGUUGCACCUGAGGAUUCUGGGAAGUAUUCACUGGUGGCCAAGAAUGACAAGGGAAUUGUGGGUAGUGACAGUGAAGUUACUGUAAAAGAAAAAGUAAAGAUUGUUGAACCAAAGUUUGUGAAAGAACUAAAGCCUGUCGAUGCAGUUAAAGGAGAGGCUGUUAAAUUAGAAGCAAAAGUUGAAGGCAAACCCCAACCAAAGAUUACCUGGUUGAAGAAUGGAGAGGAGAUCAUUCCCAGUGACCACAUCAAAAUAAGUGAGAAACCAGAUGGAACUGUUACUCUUGAAAUUGAUAGCUGUUCUCCUGAAGAUGCUGGGGAAUAUGUUGUCAAAGCAGCCAAUGAAGCAGGAGAAGCAACUACAGGAGCUCCAGUCACAUGUAAAGAAAAAGUAAAGAAGGUUAAACCACAGUUCGUGAAAGAACUAAAACCUGUUGAUGCAGUUAAAGGAGAGGCUAUUAAAUUAGAAGCAAAAGUUGAAGGCAAACCCCAACCAAAGAUUAUGUGGUUGAAGAAUGGAGAGGAGAUCAUUCCCAGUGACCACAUCAAAAUAUGUGAGAAGCCAGAUGGAACUGUUAUUCUUGAAAUUGACAGCUGUUCUCCUGAAGAUGCUGGGGAAUAUGUUGUCAAAGCAGCCAAUGAAGCAGGAGAAGCAACUACAGGAGCUCCAGUCAUGUACAAAGAAGAAAAAUCCAAGAAGAAACCAGAGUUCACUGAAGAACUAAAGCCUACUGUUUUAACUGAAGGGGAACCAGCCAAAAUGAAAGCAAAAAUUACAGCUGAACCUAAGCCUACUGUUCAGUGGAAGAAAGACGGAAACGACAUCAAACCAAGUGACCACUUGACACCAGAAGAACAGCCAGAUGGUACUGUAGUAUUAUCUUUUGACAAGGUUACCCCAGAGGAUGCUGGGAAAUACUCUCUUGUGGCUAGUAAUGAUCAAGGAGAAACAAAGUAUGAUGCUGAGGUUAAAACUGCUCCACCUGCUAAAAAACCUGAAAUAGAGCAAGGUCUGUUCCCAACUUUAUUUACCGAAGGUGAACCUGCACGUUUGGAGGUGAAAAUCACUGGAGAGCCCAAACCGGACAUUCAAUGGCUUAAAGAUGGAAAGAAACUUUCUCCGAGUACACAUUUUACUCCAGUUGAGGAAUCUGAUGGAAUCAUGGCUUUACUUAUUGAUGAAGUUGUUCCUGCAGAUGCAGGAAAGUAUGCUGCUGUUGUCAGUAAUGAUAAAGGGGAAGCAAAAACUGAAGCUAAAGUUACCACUACUCCAAAGGUUGUGGAAGUACCAAAAGGCAAGAAACCAGAAUUUCUGAAGGGAUUGGAACCAACAUCAGUAACUGAAGGAGAACCUUUAAACUUUCAUGCUCAAGUGACUGGUGAUCCUGAACCAGCUAUUAAGUGGAUGAAAGAUGGUGAAGUGCUUCAGCCAAGUGAACAGGUCAUUAUCACAAGUAAACCCGAUGGAACAUUGUCUCUGCUAGUUAAGAAUGCAAGCUUGAAUGAUGCUGGAAAAUAUGUUGUGGUCGCAACGAAUAGUGAAGGAAAAACUCGUAGUGCAGCACAGGCUGAGGUGAAUGCUCAUCCAAAGAAGAAGCCCGAGGUUGUAGAAAGCCUGAAGCCUGUCACACUCACAGAAGGACAUCCUGGAAGAAUAGAAGCUAAUAUCAAAGGUGAUCCCACACCAGAAUUGAAAUGGUUGAAAAAUGGCCAGGAAAUUCUUCCCAAUGAUCGUAUUAGUUUCAAGCAACAACCAGAUGGAACUGUAGGACUUGUUUUUGACAAAGUCAAGCCAGAGGAUGCUGGGAAAUAUUCUGUUAUUGCAGCCAAUGAUGAAGGUGAAACAAGAACUAGUGCACCAGUCUCAGUUAGUCAACCUCCUAUAUUUGUGAAACCUUUGCAAUCAGUUGCUGGUAUUGAAGGAUUCCCUACAAAACUAGAGGCACAGCUCACUGGCUUUCCUGAACCUGAAGUGAAAUGGUUGAAAAAUGGUCAAGAGUUCAAGCCAGAUGGAGAAAAUAUUAAGGCUCUCUGUACACCAGAUGGAGUAAAUUCUCUACUCUUUUCUCACACCACUCCUGAUGAUGCUGCUAAAUACACAUGUGUUGCCAAGAACCCAUUUGGUGAGGCAUCUUCAGAAGGAGAUUUAAUAGUCAAAGGACGAGAGAAAGCAGAGGAGCCACAGUCAGAACCUGUAUUUCUGUCUCCACUGGGAGACUUGUCUGUCAAGGAAGGAGAACCACUCAGGUUUGAAACUACUGUGUCAGGAAAUCCAUUACCUGAAGUGAGAUGGUACUUGCAUGAACAACCCCUUUUGGCAUCGGACAAUGUUCACAAAAUAUUCGAUGGAAAGAAGGCUGUAUUGGAAAUUAAGAAAUCAAAUCCUCAACAUGCAGGAAUUUAUGAGUGUCAUUUGGUAAAUCCUUCAGGGGAAGCACGCUCGAGAGGACGAGCAAAAGUUGCUGCUCUUUCGGCACCCAAAUUUAUCCAACAACUUGCUGAUCUUGAUGUUCCUGCUGGUGAACCAACGAAAUUGAUGUGUCGUGUAACAGGAGACCCUGCACCAGAAAUUGACUGGUAUUUUAAUGGUAGUUUGAAUGAACCAGGUCUGAAGUACUGCAUGUCUCGUGAAGGAGAUCUCUGCACUUUGACCUUAUUUCGACCACGUACAAAAGAUAGUGGGCAGUAUGAAUGUAGGGCCAAGAACUCAGUUGGUGAGGCUCGUUGCUCAGCAGAGGUCAAAGUCUGUGACAAGGCACCAAAGGGAGAGGCACCUAUGUUCUUGAAGAAGAUCAGAGACUGUGGAAUAAUGAAAGGAAGAACUACCAGGUUUACAGCUUGCGUUACUGGGGUUCCCAAACCAACAAUUAAAUGGUUCAAGAAUGGUGAGCAACUGGAACCUGGUGCACAUUUUGAGAUGGAAGAGGAAAAAAAUGGCAUUGUACGGUUAAUUGUUCAUUGUGUUCAGCCAGAAGAUGUCGGAGAAUAUCGUCUGUCCAUUUCUAACCCGUACGGAAGCGAUACCUGUACUGCCAAGCUGUUUAUAGAAGACAUUCAAGACAGUCCGGUUCCCCAUCCAUGUGGUGAAGAGGCAGCCGAACGUGAGAAGGCUUUAAAAUCAGGUCCUCCAGGUCCACUUCCAGAUGUGCCACGUAUAACAAGGAUGACGGAUGAUUCCUUGACGUUAAGAUGGAAUCCCUCUAUCCCUAUUAUACCUCGAGUUCCAGUCACGUAUUCUGUAGAGUUCUGUAGACUUCCGGAUGGAGACUGGUCUCCAUACAGAUCAGGUAUCAAAGAUUCUAUGUGCGAUAUAAGAGGUCUGGAGCCCAAAAAAGAUUACCGAUUUAGAGUGAGAGUCGAAAACAAGUACGGCACUAGUGAUCCUUCACCAUAUACCACUGCAUAUCGUAGUAAGCUAGAACCGCCUGUCCCUGGUGAAUAUAAGCCGAAGGACUAUGAAAUAGAACAUCCUCCUCUGGAGAAACAUUUUGCACCACCAAGGUUCAUACGCAGAGAAGAGGAGACAAUGUAUGGAAUUCGGAGUCAUCCUGUCACCAUUGAGUUUUGGGUCUAUGGCUAUCCUGAGCCCAAGAUUACAUGGCAUUUUAAUAGACAAAAGAUAGAAUUACCUGGGAAAUAUGACUAUCUUCAAGACAGGAAUGGACAGCUUUGUUUGUUCAUAACUCGCAUGACAGAAAAUGAUGUUGGGAUGUACACCUGCCAUGCUGUAAAUGAGCAUGGAGAAGCUAGCCAGAAAAUCAAUAUUCUAUUGGCAGAGUUGCCAACUUUUACUAAGCGAAUAGAUGAAACAACCGUACUGAUACGUAAAGGAGGCCAACUGGAAUGUCGCGUUUUUGGAAUUCCCUAUCCAAAGAUAAAAUGGUUCAAAGACUGGCAUCCUCUGUAUGAAUCCAGCCGAAUCAAGAUCGCUUGGGAGAAACCUGAUAGGUGUGUUUUGACUCUAUGCGAUUCUAUCUUGAAAGAUUCUGGCUUGUAUUCAGUGACAGCAUCUAAUGUUGCUGGCUCUGCCACAAGUUCGGCCAUGUUAAAUGUUGAAGAAUCUGAAAAAGAGUAUUCUCUCCGGACAUACAGUUACCCUCAUAUAGUGAAACCAAAAACUGAUCUGUUUGAAGGCUUGUACGACAUAGGUGAUGAGCUUGGCAGAGGAACCCAAGGUAUUGUUUACCAUGCUGUGGAAAGAACAUCAGGGAAAAGCUAUGCUGCAAAGAUGAUGCAUGGUAGUGGAGUACUGAGAGAUUUUAUGAAUACUGAAAUGGACAUCAUGAAUCAGCUGUCUCACCAUCGCUUGGUGCGAUUGUGGGAUGCCUUUGAAACCAAGUCGUCACUCACCCUUGUUACUGAUCUCUGUGGUGGAGGUGAAUUGCUCAACAACAUUCUUCAGAGGACAGUGCUGACAGAAAGCGAAGUAGCUUUUUAUAUUAAGCAGGUGUUAGAAGGCCUAGAGUAUAUGCACAGCAAAGACAUUGGCCAUCUUGGUCUUACUGUUGGUGAGUUAUUAGUGACUCGUGUAAACAGUGAUGUUAUCAAGAUUGGAGACUUUGGGCUGGCUAGACAUCUGCAUCGAGGUAGAGACCAUUAUGUAGAGUAUGGCCACCCAGAGUUUGUAGCCCCUGAGAUAGUGGCAAAGAAACCUGUCUCUGUAGCUGCAGAUAUGUGGAGCUUAGGAGUGAUAACCCACUUGUUGUUGAGUGGCUGCUCCCCUUUCCUGGGAGAAAAUGACAGGGAAACAUUGAAUAAGGUACGAGAGGGUAAAUACAGCUUUCUGUUGGAUGGAUUUGCUGAAGUUACUGAUGAAGGAAAAGACUUUAUUUCCAAGCUAUUGGUUUAUGAGCCAGAAGGGAGACUUGAUGUUAAAGCAGCUUUAGAACAUCCUUGGUUGAAGUUUGCUGAAGUUCCUGGAAAGGCAGAUGAACUAAAUAUUUUGGACAGUUUGAGAGACUAUGCCAAAAAGUGGAAGAGUUGGUAUGCUAAUGCAUCCUGCAGACGAUUUUAUAGAAGGCGACCUCUCGAGUCUUGUUAUACUCAUCCUAGUCGAAUGAUUUACCCACCUGAUGAAACAUAUACACCUCCUAGUAGCCCUGAGCGCCACCUUCAGCGAUCCAGAGUAAAGCCAUCUGAGUUUGAUGAUGUUACCUUUCAACAGAGGAUCACGAGAGAACCUAUUGAUGUGCGAUCUGAGAGCCGAUAUGAAAGUGGGCCAGACUCGUACCUUUUACAGCAUCGUGAUGUUGACUUCCCAGUUCGAGUAAGACGCUACUUGAAGGUGGGUGCAAACCGUAGUUCAACACUAGCCGGUCAUUUAAAAGAGAAACACUGGGGAAAUAGUGAGGUUUCAGUACACGAAAGACGUCGAUUCACACGCCUUUGGGAUGAAGAAAUGGAUGAUGAGAAGAGGAAAAGAGGCAGAGCUUUACGGCUCUCACAAGAAUCAGGACCUACAUACCUACAUACAGAUAGUACAAAAUCAAAGGAUAGAAAAGAAGAUCUAGUGGGAAAACCACCUUUUUUCCGUGAAAAGAUUAAAGAUGCUGUGAUUCGAGACGAAGAGGAUGUAGUGUUCAGCUGUUAUGCUGUGGGAAAUCCAGCUCCAACCUACUCAUGGUUUAGGAAUGAUGGAUUUCUUGUGGUAACCAAUCGAUUUGAGUCUAAAGUGAGUCUUGAUGGUCGAUGUGAACUUCAUUUAAAGCCAGGCAAAAGUUAUGAUGCUGGUGUGUACAAAUGUAUUGCUCAAAACAAACAUGGUGCUACCAUCUGCCGGGCUAGGCUAAAAAUGGGAGAAACUCCAGGGAAAACUGACCGUCCAAACCCAGAAAAAUGUUCCGACACAGAAGUGACACUCAGUUGGCAUCCACCUAAAUAUGAUGGCAACUCUCAAAUAUUAUGUUAUUGUUUGGAGUAUAGAACAGCAGAUGAAACAACAUGGACAAAAGCAUCUUCUAAUAUCACCCAUGAAUUUUUCAUGGUACGUAAUUUGACACCAUCUACUACUUAUCACUUCCGUGUAUCGGCCAGGAACAAGUUUGCCUGGGGCGAGGCCAGUGAACCUUCUGAGCCUUGUGACACUCUGGCAGCUGGUGCUGAGAAAAUAAAGAUCACUAGAGCUCAGAAACAUUGGCAGGAGCUGUCUUUGAAAGGUCAAGACCUGAUUUUAGAUGAUUCAUUAACAUGCAGGUUGGACUAUUCUGUUGAAGAAAAUCCUGUCCCUAUGGAAGAUAAAGAUCCUACUCAGUUUUACAACUUUGAAUCAGAAAUAGCAAGGGGACGAUUUUCUGUUGUUGUGAAAAUGAGUACAAAAGAUACCAAUCAAAUAUUUGCUGGAAAAAUCAUUCACACUACAAAUCAAAAUGAAACUGAAGUGCGUAGGGAGUAUGACAUUCUCAAAACCUUGAGGCAUGAAAAAAUUGCAUCUCUAAUUUCAGCAGUGUCUCACAAUGAUCUGACAAUUCUGGUGUUUGAGAAGUUGUCUGGUAUUGAUGUCCUUUCAUACCUAACUAUGAGACAUCAAUAUAGUGAAGAAACUGUGAUGAAAAUAAUCCAGCAGGUACUGGAUGGCCUGGAUUAUCUUCACUUCCGUGGCAUAUGUUAUUUAGAACUUCAGCCAGACAAUGUGGUGAUGAUUGACCAGCGAUGGCCAGUUGUGAAACUAGUUGAUUUUGGGGCAGCUCAGUAUGUACUAGAAGAGGGAGCCAAGAUAGAUAUUAAAGGAAGAUUGGAAUAUAUGUCUCCUGAAAUAGUUACGAAAAAAGAAGUAAACUCAGCCUCAGACAUCUGGGGAGUUGGAGUACUCACAUAUAUUUUGUUGAGUGGAGUGUCUCCAUUCUUGGGAGAGACAGAUCAAGAGACUGCAGACAAUAUUACAUAUGUCCGCUACAGGUUCGACCAUCUGUAUGGUGAGGCAUCACAGGAAGCUACUAAUUUUCUCAUGCAUAUAUUCAAACGUACUCCUCAGAAACGACUCACAGUAAAGGAGUGCCUUGAAAAUAAAUGGUUGCUACCUAGUGAGUUUAUGAUUAAGAAAAGAGAACAAGCUGUCUUCCUGUCGCAUUUGCUCACAGAAUUCUCGGAGAAAUUCCAUUCUGAGAAGCAGUCCGCUACACCACAGAGGUUGUUGAACAUUAGUGGAACAUCUCUUCCAAGGUCUUUGUCUCUAGAGACUGGCAUAUAUGAAGAACUGUAAUCUCUGUGCUCAUCAGGUCCUUUGUGCAGAACCAACUGAUCUGUGUAUUUUUUGCCUUUGUCUAAAACUGUUCUAAUUAGGCAUGAUGUAAGUUCUGGCUUUUACAAAUAACCAUGCAAGUUAUGGGCAAAUAAUAUUAGAUGUUUUUGUUAUAACUUCAUUUCUAUGACAUGAUAAAUAUAUUUAAUAUUUUGUUUCUAUUCAGUUCCAUCAGCAAGAAAUUAUUCCCUACUGUUAUAUUUCUUUAUCAGAGCAGCUGUAAAGUAUUCACGGAAAAGAAUUUUGAGUCAAGACCUUUGGUCGUCAUUGAACUUAAUAUUUCCGAAUUAUGUUUUAUUCUUCAAGUUUCCUUUUUUUCGCUGAUUUUUUUUUUGUGUACUUGCAUUCUAACAAAAUAAAUUAUUGUGAUGAAGAAAGAGUUGUAAAUCAUUUUUGGAUAAAUCCCCUCACACACUUAUUAAGCCUAAAAAAACAAUAGAUGCAAGCUC